AUGACCGUCGUGCUCACAUGGAUGAGUUUUGCCCUGUUGCUCGUGUCUGUCCCGAUGGUGGAAGCGCGAACGCCAGAGGCCAAAAGAGCCAAUUGUAACUACACGCUGGCCUGCAACGGGCCCAUGUGUGGUGAUAUCUGUGUCCCAGGCAAACAAGUGAUUUUCGAGGAUCAUGAGAACGGCUGGCUCCACCCCAAAGACAACGACCCAAUUGUCUUUGUCCCCGAUCUAUGGGUGCACCAGUUUGGAGCUGAGGACUUUCAGGCUUAUCCAAAUUGCUCGAUCCAGGGUGAUGACGAUUGGUAUGGAAAUCGCUUUGUCCGCGCCUUGGACGGCACGUUCAAGGAGGCCGCAACGCGAUGCAAUGUCAACAUUGUCUCUGGGGACUACCAGCAAAAUUGUAGCGAUGAGCUCUACUCGAGCUGUCAAGGCGUGGACGACACCAUGUGGGUGUUAUCAACUGCACGCUUGCUGGGUAUGCUGCGCAAGGACAUGGCCGUCAGCUCGCGACAGCAUGAAGAGAAGCUGGAAGAGAAGAUCAAAGACACGAAGGCGGAUAUGCAGAAGAUUUUAAACGCGCUGAAGCCGGAAGAACAGUUUGGCUUUGCUGAUGGGCAAGGGAGCAUGGGGUGGCGGCAAGCAUGGGCUCGCCAGAGUGGGGGCCAUGGCCUGAACUGGGUUGGGCGGUUGCGGGGCAUGGCGCAGAGCCGAGUGCCUCCGCGGGGAACAUGGGACGAGGCUGGACUUUGGGUUCUGCCCAGGGAUCAGAUACCCAACCUCAACCUCCCUCCAUUUGCACUGUGUGAGCAGAAUGGCCUGCCGUACAGCCUUAUUCCACCCAAAAGCAAGACGGCUGAUGAAGAGCUGGCACAGGGCUGCCUCAACGUGCAUCCAUCACUGCUACCGCGCUAUCGCGGCCCGGCGCCCAUUCAACAUGCAGUCAUGAACCGUGACGCCGUCACCGGAUCGGGCAGCUCCGGCACAGCCGCCAUGGCGGUUCGUGGCCGAGGCAUCGAGGUAAUGCAGCACGCGGCGCUGGGUGGGCAGGACCUUUCAAAUCCGCUGCUUGAUUGCACGCUCGGCUUGGCGGCUGUGUCCUCGAGUGCUUCCCUGUCCGCGCCUGAUGUCGCACCACGCACGGAUGGCCUUGCGAGCAGCGCCUCGUCCGGCGUUUCCACCGCCAACACGCUUCUGCAAGCAACAUCGCUGACAGCAACGACUGAUGUUCGCAGCCUGCACCAUCCAACUGCAGUGCUUACGUCUGUAUCCCAGCCCUCUGAGGCAGCGCCCAGUACGCAUUGUCAACAAGCGCCGGGGUUUCUGCAGGGUCACGUCUUUGCCAUUGAGAAGACCACGCAAACUCCCAGCAAUGUCCUUCGAGAUAUCAAGCAGGCCAUUGUGCAGCAGGGUGGUGUUGUCAGUGGUGACGUUCGCCCCAGCUUGACAGCUGUUGUGGUGCUCGAGACCAACGCCGCCUCGGUUUUGGCGCGGCCCGGUUUCAAGCUUCGCAACGCUUUCAAGUAUCAAGUUCCGGUUGUUUUGGCGUCUUACAUCACUGCCUGUGUGUCGCGGGGUGCGUUGCUACCCAUGGCUCCUUACCGUUUACACGCACCAAACAGCGCCGAGAGCCAAGGCCAGCCUAGGGUAUAUAUGGAGGAGCAUGUGGUCGUCGACUCUGAGGAUGUGCGCAGCGUGCGCGUGUCACAACCUUCUGCUGCCGCGGAUGCCUUGCGGCUCUUUGAGGCUCUUUUGCGCUCGACGUCCCUGGAGCGCAUCUUUUGUCCAGUCGUUGAGGGCUUCCUUCGGGAUGUCAACGCUGCCUUUGCUGGGCUGGCGACUCGCUUGCAGAGCAAGCCCACUCGCCGUGCUGUGAUUGCAGCGUAUGCGGCUGCACAUGCCAAGGAUGCAUGCAAUCUGUUUGCCAAGUUCGUGCACCAGCUGCACGUGAGCCAGCCCGACGUGGCGAGCUCUGCGUGGAGUACACAACAGGGGCGUCAGCUGUUGGGGGAGGCGGAGACCAUGUGCCGCGUGCUGCGCGACUUUGUGUUGAGCAGCGAGGCGGGAGGCCAGCAAGGAAGCCACCUACCAGCGCCAGAAGCUGUUGACAACGACGAGGCUGCACUUUUGCGUGUUGGUCGGAUGCUUGCAUGCAACUUGGAGCUGCUCGAGUCAAAUGCAACAUCAACACACCGAAGCUGGAUCACGGAGCAGUGUGCUGAGGCAACAACGUCCAUCGGCCUGACUCUGCGUAGUAUUCAUCGCGUGGCGCGACCCGGUCAGCCAUGGGCACCAGCCGGGGCCUUCAACUCCCGAAGGUUGUGGUCGAACAACUUCAAGGUCAACAGCGUCGCCCGGGACGCCUUGGCCAGUUUUGACUCUGUGCGUUCGCAGUCACGCCGCGAGAAUCCAAGCUCGGCUUUUGAUGACGAGGAAUUCGUCGUAUAUGCCACACGACAACAUCGCGUUCUUUACGUUUUGCAUUUGAGCGGCCCGCAGUCUCGCCCUGAUCGUGUUUCAAUGCGCCCUCAAUCUGAACUGGUGCAAGCGACCAACAAGCCCGAGCUUUCGUCCGCAGCAGCACCAACCACUGCACCCGCUCAAGUAUCGUCAACGAUGGCUCAAACCAAGAUUGAGUGGGAGCUCCCGCUGUCUCAUCGGACAGCGCUCGUAUUAGUACCUUGCGCCGAGGCGGCGGAGCGCAUUCAGGCCAUUCGGCGCAUUCAUGACGCAUCGCAUGUCGAUUUGUGGCCAGCGCACAUCACGCUGGCUUACCCAUUUGUACAGCCCGAACAAGUGCCAGACGCCGUGCGUGUGCUACAGAGGCACCUGACUGGUUCCAAGGGUGUUGUGCCCUUUCAGCUGCAUUUGACACAGGUGGGGGCUUUCAAUCAGCGGAAGCGUGGGUUUGUGCACUACCUGGCUCCGGCAAACGGCGAUACGAUCCAGCACCUUUAUCAAGCCAUCGGCGAUGCACUUGGUUCAGAUGUGGUGCAGCCCGGCAAUUUCAAACCCCACCUUACCGUUGGUCGGCGCAACAAGACGGAUUUGACGACGUCGCUGCACGCGCUGCUGGCUGACCUGCCAGCUUCUCGUGUGAGCAAACUGUUGGUGUUGCAACGCGAACACAACAAGGAUCCCAUGCAGGUUGUGGCCGAGAUUUCAUUGGCCCAGCAGCAGGUGCAUGGACCGCCCGUCCAUUCCACAGAGGGCGGUCACGUUCACGGACAUGGGACAGCGGUACCGUUGCUGCAUUCGCGUUUGUCUGCUGCAUCUUCAGACGGUGCUGCUACAACUUUGCGAGAGGACGUUGAAAAGUUGCUGCAUCUGGUAGACCCGCUCGACGCCGUUCAAGCUGGCCUGCAAAGCCAGGAUGGCAGUUUGAUGGGCCUAACUUCGGUCCAUGUGCGCGGGCACGUUGUGGACAUGGUGGCACGUUGUGUUCUCUUUCAACAAUACCAAAAUAGCUCGAAUCUCCCGGUGGAAGCGAAAUACGUCUUCCCCUUGGACGAAUCAGCCACCGUGUGUGGAUUUGAGGCCUUUAUUGGACAUAAGCACAUUGUGGCCCGUGUAAAGGAAAAAGAGCAGGCUCGCCGCGAGUACAAGGCUGCUGUUGCCGCCGGCGAUGGUGCCUAUCUGAUGGAAGAAGACGAGAAGGCACCCAAUGUUUUCACCGUGGCCGUGGGUAACAUUCCACCCCACACUCAGAGCAAAAUUGUGGGGCCCAUGGCUAGUGUACGCUUGGGCGGAGUUGCUGGCCUUGGCGCUGAUGGCUUUGCCGUGCAUUUGCGCGUGGCCAACGUUCACAUUCCACGCAUGUGGGUUGAAGAUGAUCCCGUGCGUGGCACCCGAGCAUGCAUGCUGGCCUUCUAUCCUGAUUUUGAUCUUGGAUCGCAAAGCGUGGAUGCCCUGCAUCUGGUCGUGGACAUGUCUUGCUCCAUGGCGGAGGUCGAGCAAGAGGUCAAGCAGAUGGCCGCUCUGGUCGUCAAACUGCUUGACUCACACAUGCGUUUCAAUAUCACUGCUUUUGGCGACACCGCUGACACAUUGUUUGGUGAAUUUCAACCAGCUACAAUGGAAAACAUCACCAGCGCACUCGGUUUGUUGGCUUCCCUGCGUGCUACUCUGGGCACGACGCACGUUCUGCCACCGCUUUGUAACAGCGCUCGGCUGAACGUCGAUCUUGGACGGAGGACUGCUGUGGUGCUAUUCUCUGAUGGCCAGUUUACAGAGACUGCAAAACUUGUUGCAACACUCGAGUCAAAUGCACAGCCCAUCUAUGUCGUUGGUCUGGGCAAACCGUGCCAGCGCUCGGCAUUGAUUGAUCUGGCUCGCAGCACUGGUGGUGCUACGCUGUUUCCUGAGUUGAAGCGUCGGUCCACGUGGGCACCUCUGUUAAAAGACUUCUUGGUGUGCGCACAACAACCAAGUCUUUCUGAUGUUCAGGUGGACUGGCACUGCUUCAACGACGCCGAUCGCCAAGCCAUCCGCCAAGCUCCUGCUCGCUUCACCUCCGCCCACAACGGCGUGCGACAGGCAGAGGAGAAGGCUGGGAAAGCCGUGUUCAAGCGCGUCGAUCUUUCAGCUUUACUUGAGCAGCAUGCCGUUGACGAGCUUGUUACAGUGCCGUAUCCUGAGCCACCCGCUCUCGUCGAGACGGUACGUCGAAUUUUGUCUGGAAAACCGACAAGUUGGAAAGCAGGCACAGGUUCAUCUGAUCUCAUGUCCAUGCCUGCGUCGCUAAUCCGCUCGACACUACAGCUGAAGCACCAGCGCAAGUUGCAGGCGCUGGCUCUAGAGGCGGAAAGUGCCAUGCAUACAAAUAUUAUGCGCUCAAAACUGUUGGUGCAAGAACUUCAACCAGAGUUGGAGCAGCGACCGCUCUUUAGCGAAGAGCGACUCCGCUGCGCGAGCACCCUCAUUUACUUGGCCGAAGAUAGCGGCUGGGGAGAUGAGACCUUAAUGUCUUUGCUUCAGCACCAAGAAUUUUACCUUCAUAUGGUGGUAGACCAGUCAGAGUUGCUGCCACCAGCAUUUGCUCACCUGGCUGUGAGUGCCCAGGAAGCCCUUCAUCAGCUGCUUGACCUGGCUGAAAUGGAGCAGGCACAAGAGGAAACAAGUGGUGCCAGUGACUUGUGCGUGGCAUUGCGUGCCAGCGCACAGAACCUUGAUCUUGGUGGAGGGACGGAUGUGAGUGACGGUGUUGGAGUGCCCAUCGUGGUUGACGUGGGGCACAGUGAGGUCAAAGCUGGCUUUGCAGGCCAAGAGGCGCCACGUGCCGUGUUCCGAACGGCCAUCGGCCGUCCACGCCACCAAGGUGUGAUGGUGGGCAUGGGCCAAAAAGAUAGCUAUGUUGGAGACGAGGCCAUGGCCAAGCGGGGCAUCCUCACCAUGUCCAGCCCUUUUGGACCUCCUCGCCCAUCACGGUCGCUUCCUAAAAGGGCAUCGCUAAAAGAGAAGAAUGCAAAGAAGGUUGUGCGUCAGAGGAUAGCGGCAGUGCUUCAGCGAGCCGACAGCCUUGAUGACUUGCCAGCACCGACAGAAACUUCAACCGCAGCGUUUCGCUUGACCGACUCGCGUAGCGAUGAUGCACCCAUGGCACCGCCAGCGCCCAAGGCUGCCCCGGCGCCUGCCCGUGCAGCGUUUCGCCUGACUGACUCGCGUAGCGAUGAUGCAUCCAUGGCACCGCCAGCGCCCAAGGCUGCCCCAGCGCCUGCCCCGUUUCGCUUGACCGACUCGCGUAGCGAUGAUGCACCCAUGGCACCGCCAGCGCCCAAGGCUGCCCCGGCGCCUGCCCGUGCAGCGUUUCGCCUGACCGACUCGCGCAGCGAUGAUGCAUCCAUGGCACCGCCAGCGUCCAAGGCUGCCCCAGCGCCUGCCCGUGCAGCGUUUCGCUUGACCGACUCGCGCAGCGAUGAUGCACCCAUGGCACCGCCAGCGUCCAAGGCUGCCCCAGCGCCUGCCCGUGCAGCGUUUCGCCUGACCGACUCGCGCAGCGAUGAUGCACCCAUGGCACCGCCAGCGUCCAAGGCUGCCCCGGCGUCUGCCCGUGCAGCGUUUCGCUUGACCGACUCGCGCAGCGAUGAUGCGCCCAUGGCACCAGCUGUGGCUCAACCCAAGCGCAUGUCUCAGCUUGCAGCGCCUGCACCGCCACCACCGCCAUCACCAUCGCCGCAAAGCGCCUUUAAUACUCGGGGUCGGGGGAGAGGUCGAGGUCGAGGUGCUGGUGCUGGUGCUGGUGCUUUGCGGACGAACGCGGCAGGACAAGGCUCUGUUGCACCCGCAGCAGCGGGUGGCCCCCAACCAGAGCAAGUUUCGGCGGCAGAUCGCUCAUUAAAUCUCAUCGCCACGCGCGUGGCCACCGAGCCGGCGCCACCGCCGCCACCCGGCGUCAAUUCGAAUCCCGUGCCUCAGCUCAAAUCAGUACUAGGCACGACUUCUCGUAAAACUCCACUUGAGUUCAAGCGCAAGCCUUGUAAAAAGAGUGCAACGCCGGUCACCGGCGAGCAUGGUCGGGGUGGCGACAACUUCCUUUCAGAAGCCCAAUUAUACGGUGCAGGUGCAGUGGCUGCUGCGGCAGCAGCUCCUGGAGGAGGUGGAGUGGCGCACAACAACCUGGUGGAAAGCGAGGAGAGCGAGGAUGAGGACAUGGGCGCCUUUGAUCUCUUCGGAAAUCUCAACGAAGAGCUGGCGGAGUCUUCAUCUGAUAGGCCUGCCACAGAAGCGUCUCAGCUGGCUGCCUCGCUAUCCAGUCGUUUGAUGAUGAAUCGGAAUUCAGGGCCGACAUCUGUCAAGCGCCUCUCGAGCCCACAGUACAACAUCAAGACUGAGCUGGUGGCAAGCGUGAAUGAGGCUGACGACGACGACGACUCUGAUAGCGACGGCUCGGAAAACAGUGAGUGGAGUUCUUCAUCAAAUGCUAGCAUCGCAACGACUGGCGUGAUCAACGAGCAGCCAGUUGCUAGCACAGAGGCACUUGUGUUUUCCAACCCUUACCGCAAGCCGGCACAUGCGCCAGUGAUUCAGCAACAGCAGCAGCAACAGCAACAACAACAGCAACAGCAACAUCAACAGCAACAGCAGCAGCAACAGCAACAACAGCAAGAGCAGCUGGCGUGCCGCUUGCGGGAACUUUCCGUGGGCAUUGGCUGUGUCUCUGGUCUGGUGCUACCUCUCGACGGUCCAAAGGAGGUUGAGUUUUUCCUCGACCCCAACCGUGGCAAAAAGCCUUGCAUUGCUCUCACUCUGUGGCGAGGUGAAGCUGGUACCGUGCUCGGCAAUGUGCCCGUGGUCACAGAGUAUCUGAUUGUUCAUGAUCAGCAAACAACCGUCAACUUUCGCUUUUUCGUGUCCCCACUUGGCCUGCAAAUUGGCGGACCUUGCGUCGUGGAAGACCGCAUCGACUAUCUUUCGCGGUCUAGACCACGACUCCUCGCGAGCUGGGCCGACAUGGAGGCUGCCCGUGGGUCAGGGCCGGCACACCCUGCUGCUUUUCAGUUGACGCAACUAUUGUCGACCUAUGCUAAACAGUAUCGAUGCUUGGGUUCAGAGGUCACGAUGGGUCGGCCUGUGGUUGGUCCUAUCACGCUGCAGGGCCAUUCGCGUUCGCAGAUUGAAGCUCAGCUUGAGGCAGCCAUGCUGGCAUCGGGUGGUCCAGCCGUUGCCUUUUUGCCCUUACACGCCGGAUUUGCGUUUGUGGCGGUGGAGGCGUCCGGUGAUGUGCGGCGUGGUAUGCUACGCACGACGGACGCGGUGUACUUUCGAGCAUCUGAUACCUUUCCCUCUCUAAAAGCCGCCUUGGAGUACUACGCAGUUCAUCGUGUCCCUGGCUUGGACUCUGCCCUCUGCCAGUAUCGUUUUGCCGGCGAAGACACCUGGCAAGUGCUGCAACCUCCUCCCCACCCAACCCGGGACCUUGCCUUUGAACUGCAAGCCAUCGUGGAAGCUGGUCAAGAGCCCAGUGCUUGCUGGGCCUAUUCGGACACCGAGGAGGAGCUUGGGGAACCGGAGGAAUUCAACGCCACCGACCAAGAAGCGAGUGUGAUGGCCUCAAGCCCUAUCGGCACCAAUCUGCCCGUGACAACCCUUGCAGCGCCAUGGCUGGCUUUCAAUGAUGCAGUCGUGGCGUGGGCAUCUGCUCCAAUCAUCACAGGCCGCGGCCACAGCUGGCUACUUGGCGUUGUGCAACAGCUGCUCGGCGAAUUGGCUCACCCACAACCCGGGCCGCUCCUGGCCAAGCUUUCGCAACCCCCCAGUCGUGGUGAUGCAUCUCACACCAGUGUCAGGUCUUUGCCGCCACCGCCACACCCUGUGGACGAGGCUAUAUUGGCGUGGGAAAUGGAACGGGUCACCGGUAUGCACGGCGCACCGCGCUCCGUGAGCGCCAAGACUCAAGAAUAUUUUAUUCAACUCUGUCGCUUGACGGAAACCGACGGGACUGCGUUGCCACCACCGCCGGCGCUUGCCCGGCAAGCCGGGUUGAACGUCAACCCCUCUGAGAUAUGGAUAUUGGCACGCAUAGUCCAAUGGGGACUGGCCACACAGCAAACUGUCAAAGACGUAAUCUGA